AAAAAAAAUAAUAAUAAAAAAAUAGAUCUUCAACAUUUGAACAUCAUUUGACCCUUGUUAAUUCGGUAGUUCAAAUUCCAUUUCCAUUAUAAUAAUUAUUAUACAAUUAAUUUAUGUUCAUCUUCUCGUGAUUUCCCACCACCUAAUUCUCACAUUUUUGGCUUUUCACACUUUCAAUAAUCAUUGUUUCUCACUCCCUCUCUCUAGGUUUCUUAAUUUCAUAAUUUCUUAUUCAUUGAUCCAACCGACAAAAACUUCAAAUCUUACUGUAAAUUCAUCAACACCCAUUUCACCAAUUUACAUUUAUUCAACUGGGUAUUCUUCUUUUCGAUGUCACAUCAUUCUGAUACCCAAAUCUUGAAUUCUUGAAUCUUUUUUUUCCAUUUUCUCACACACCCAGUUCGUCCAACACCCCCAGGUGAUUUUAUUUGGUUAAAGAUUUAAUCUUUUUGCAAUUUUAUGAACACCCACCUCAAGAUUUGAUCAGGGUAUUGCUUAAAGUUUGAAUCUUUUUGCAAUUUUAUGAACACCCACCUCAAGAUUUGAUCAGGGUAUUGCUUAAAGUUUGAAUCUUUUUGCAAUUUUAUGAACACCCACCUCAAGAUUUGAUCAGGGUAUUGCUUAAAGUUUGAAUCUUUUUGCAAUUUUACGAACACCCAACUCAAGAUUUGAUAAGGGGAUUUGAUUUAGGGUUUGUAUUGAUCAUAUUGACCCAAUUUGGAAUCAUAAAGGUAGGAUCUUGAUCUUAUUUUGAGCAAUGUUUUGAGAACAAAGAAGCUAUGUGGUGUGAAGAACAGAAAUGGAUGUUAGAUCUGAAAACAGUAGUGUACAGGUAGUGAGGUGGGCUAAGUUACCGGGUCAAGUGAUCCAGAGAACCAGAUUACAAGUGUGGUUUAUUAGGGUUUGUUCCAGCAUUUUGAUUUGGACUUGUUUGGUUCAGCUUGUGAGUGUUGGUGAGCUUUGGCAUCCGAAGUUUUUCACUGGGGUUUUUAACAAUAUUAAUGUAUCCACUAGACUGUCCUCUGAGGCCACAACCGUCGUUACAACGCCACCACCACCGCCUCUGCCACCGCCAAGGAAUUACAUAAGUAACGGGUUUCUCAAAGUUUCUUGUAACGGUGGUUUAAAUCAAAUGAGAGCCGCGAUAUGUGAUAUGGUGGCGGUUGCUCGUCUUUUAAAUCUCACUUUGGUUGUUCCGGAGCUUGAUAAGAAAUCUUUCUGGGCCGAUCCUAGUGAUUUUGAGGACAUUUUUAACGUCGCACACUUCAUUGAUUCCCUAAGAGAUGAAGUUCGGAUUGUCAAAAGAUUACCUAAGAGAUUUAGCAAAAAGUAUGGAUACCGUCCGUUACAGAUGCCACCUGUCAGCUGGUCGAGUGAAAAAUACUAUCUUGAACAGAUUCUACCACUCUUUAACAAGCAUAAGGUGAUACACUUUAAUCGAACGGAUGCGCGAUUAGCAAACAAUGGGAUUUCAUUUCAUCUUCAAAAGCUUAGGUGUCGUACGAAUUUUCAUGCACUAAAGUUCACGCCUUCUAUUGAAGCUCUUGGGAAUAAAUUGGUGGACCUUCUUCAAGAAAAAGGGCCAUUUUUGGCAUUGCAUUUAAGAUACGAGAUGGAUAUGUUGGCGUUUUCCGGUUGCACGCAUGGUUGUACCAUUGAAGAAGCCGAGGAACUCAAACGGUUAAGGUAUGCGUUCCCAUGGUGGAGAGAGAAAGACAUCGUGUCAGAAGAAAGGAGAUCACAAGGUCUUUGUCCUCUUACACCCGAGGAGGCAACAUUAAUUCUACAAGCACUCGGGUUUGACCAAAACACACAAAUAUAUAUUGCUUCUGGUGAAAUUUACGGCAGUGAAAAAAGACUUGCGGAGUUAAGGGCGACAUUUCCUCGAGUAGUGAAGAAAGAAACGUUAUUAGAUCCAGAAGAAUUGAGACAGUUCCAGAAUCAUUCGUCCCAAAUGGCGGCUCUUGAUUUCAUGGUUUCGGUUGCUAGUAACGUUUUUGUUCCGUCUUAUGAUGGCAAUAUGGCGAAGCUUGUGGAAGGUCACCGAAGGUACCUUGGCUUCAAAAAGACUAUCCAACUAAACAGAAGAAAACUCGUAGAAUUAAUAGAUUUUCACCAAAACGGGACACUAUCAUGGAACGAGUUCUCAAACGCUGUGAAAUCAUCGCACGAGGACAGAAUGGGCCAACCCAAACAUCGUACGAUAAUUACAGAAAAACCGAAAGAAGAAGACUACUUCUACGCCAACCCUGAAGAAUGCUUCUGUGAGACGUCAAACUGUACCAACUCACAAGUUUCACCAGUAAGUAACACAAUCCAAUGAUGCCUGAUUCACAAACACGGUUUUAAGCCAACUGUCGUAGACGCAAAUAGCAAGAUCGCGCGUAAGCGACAUGGUUUUGAAACGGGUGUAAAGAUACCGUUGUAGAAAUGAGAUUUGUGGAGGUUGGCUGCAAAUAGAAAAUGGCUCAGAGUUGUUUGUACUUGACGGGUGUGUAAAAAGGAUGCACUGCGUGUAAGUCGUCUUUCUGGGCAUAAAGAUUUGUUCUUUUAAUUUGUUUUUGUGCUUAUUGUUUCUAUAGUACAAAAUAUAUAAGAAUGCAUAUUUUUUUUUGAUAAGUUUACAAGAUUAUUCAUGUAAAUUUUUCAUAUGUUGGUUCUUGUUUUCAUA